UCUCUCUCUCUCUCUCUCUCUUCUCUGCUCUGCCAUAUUGGAUUUUGUUUCUUGUUCAAUCCCUCCAUGUUUUUGUGCUGGGUAAUUUUUUUUUUUUUUGAUGAUGUUUGUGUAUGGGGCAUUGAAUUUGAGGGACUUUUGUUCUCAAAAUUUGUCUCUUGAAUUGUUGCUCACAAUGUGUUUGUUAGAAUGCUUGAGUGAAUGAGGAUUGUUGAAUUUGGACUUGGUGGGUGUAGACUGGAAAAUCAAAUUAUGAGUUUCCUUCUUGUUGAUUUUUAAAAAUUAUUCUUAUAGGCUGUUGUAGUGUGGAAAAUCAAAUUAUCUCUUCCCUUCCUGUUGAUUUGAACAUGCUUUCUUUUUGUCAUGAAAAGUUGGUUAUGUGGGUUGGUGUCCAUUUGUUUCAACUUUCAAGUUUUAUUCACAGAAAAAAUUGUGAUUUUCCAUACAAGCCAAACAUUGGAAAGUGUUUUUCAAAUGCAUUUUUAGGAAUAGAAUCAUACAUUGGAAAUCAAGUAGCUUUUACGCCGAAAUGAAUGGUGCCAGGUGGCUAAGUUUGCUUGCCGGUUCCCUGGUAGCUGAUUGAAGAGAAAUGGCAUGCCAUAUGGUCUCUUCAUUUGUGUUGUAUAGGGACCAAAUUAGGAAAUUACAAUUUUCAGCCCAGAAAUUCGAAUAUGUGCUAAGGACCAAAGUGUGUUUUUACUUUUUAGGCUAAAACUAUGUAAAAAUAAAAUUUUUGAAUACUAUUUAUUGUGAUCUCUCUGCACAUUAUCAACAAACACCUUUGAAGUGUAUGCGAGUCUUUGUGAAAACUUACUGACAUGUAUCCCAGAAGUUUUGCUGACUUUGUGUUUGUUUAUUCCAUAUGCUAUAAUUUUGCUGUACUACCUAUCAAAAAAACAUGUUAUAAUUUUUUUGUACCGUUUUGUGAACACCUUAUUAGAACUUGUUUAUUGAAGUGGUUUUCAUUGUUUGGCACCAAUUUCUGCAGGACAAAUCAUUUCAUUCGCCACUGAAAAUUUUAUUGUUUUAGUAGAUUUUGCAAAUCAAACUGAAAAGCUCUUAGUUGAAGUAAUUAAUGGGUGAUGCCUCAUUGGUGGAGUUGUCUAUUCCACAAGAUGUCCUCCAACCAUUGUUGAGUGCUUCAAACUCAUCUUCUUUGGAAGAAACCUUAGAAAAUCUUAUAGAAGCUUCAAGGACUGAUGUUGGCCGCUCGGGCCUUGCUUCCAAGAACAUCCUUCCCAUAGUUCUUCAGCUUAGUCAGAAUCUCCCUUACCCUUCUGGUCGUCACCUUCUCUUAUCAUCUUUGAAGCUCCUCAGAAAUCUGUGUGCCGGAGAAGUUGCAAAUCAAGAUGCUUUUGUUGAACAAAAUGGAGUUGGUGUUGUUUCAAAUAUUUUGAGUUCUGCUGGGCUCUUGUCUGAUCCAGAUUAUGGGACCAUUCGUAUGGGGUUGCAGGUUUUGGCCAAUGUUUCUUUAGCCGGAGAAGAACAUCAGCGUGCUAUUUGGCGUAAAUUUUUUCCAGAUGAGUUUGUUGCUCUUGCAAGAGUCCGUAGCCAGGAGACUUGUGAUCCACUGUGUAUGGUUAUUUAUGCUUGUUGUGAUGGAUGCCCUGGAUUGGAUGCAGAACUUUGUGGUGACCUUGGUUUGCCUAUUGUGGAGGAAAUUGUAAGGACUGCUUGUGUAGCUGGCUUUAGAGAGGAUUGGUUGAAGUUGAUCCUUUCCAAAAUCUGCUUAGAAGGACCUCACUUUCCUCCAUUGUUUUUGAAAUUAUGCCAUUUUGGUGCCUCUUCAAAUGGUGAAGACAUUGAAUUUAGAAAUGAUCUUUUUUCGUCCGAACAUGCGUUUCUUUUGAAGAUCGUAUCAGAGAUCUUGGAUGAGAGAUUAAAUGAUAUUACUGUUCCUAAUGAAUUCACAUCAUGUGUUUUUGGGAUAUUCAAGAGAUCUGUUGGAGUUACUAAUUCUGUUUUGCAAUGCAAGUCUGGUCUUCCAACAGGCUCGACUGCGAUCGAUGUUCUUGGAUAUUCGCUCAUCAUUUUGAGAGAUAUCUGUGCCGGCAAGAGGAGUCUGGGAAGCUCAAAGGAGGAUGAUUCAAUGGAUGCUGUUGAUAUGCUACUAUCUUCUGGACUAGUAGAAAUGCUUUUAUGCUUGCUUGGUGAGCUUGAGCCCCCAACCAUAAUAAGGAAAGGCCUCAAACAAGGUGAAAACCAAGACAGUUCAAGUUCUUAUUCAUUGAAGCCUUGUCCUUACAGAGGAUUUAGGAGAGACAUUGUUGCAGUCAUUGGAAAUUGUGCAUUCGGAAGGAAGCAAGUACAAGAUGAGAUUAGACAGAAGAAUGGGAUUCUUCUGCUUUUACAACAGUGUGUUACUGAUGAAGAUAAUCCAUUCUUGAGGGAAUGGGGCAUUUGGACUGUGAGAAAUAUAUUGGAAGGGAGUACAGAAAACCAACAUGCAGUAGCAGAGUUGGAGCUUCAAGGAUCUGUUGAGGUGCCUGAAUUAACUGGACUUGGUCUUCGAGUGGAGGUGGAUCCAAAAACUCGACGUACAAAGCUUGUAAAUAUCUCAUGAAAAAGUUCCAAGCUGCAAAAAGAGCUUGGCUUGGCUGGAGUUGAUAACUGUGUAGGAUGAAAUUUCAUGCUCAUGCAUGAUAUGAAUUUGGUGUCAGGUUUUCAUUUACUAGUUA